CCUCCGCUACCAUGAACAGGGCGCCUCUGAAGCGGUCCCGGAUCCUGCACAUGGCACUGAUGGCGGCCUCCGACCCCUCCGGAGAGGCCCAGGCCAGCGAGGAGAAGCCCUUCCUACUACGGGCAUUGCAGAUCGCACUGGUGGUCUCUCUGUACUGGGUAACUUCCAUCUCCAUGGUGUUCCUUAACAAAUACCUGCUGGACAGCCCCUCCCUGCAGCUGGACACCCCCAUCUUCGUCACUUUCUACCAGUGCCUGGUCACCACGCUGCUGUGCAAGGGCCUCAGCACACUGGCCGCCUGCUGCCCCGGCUAUGUGGACUUCCCCACUCUGCACCUGGACCUGAGGGUGGCCCGCAGUAUCCUGCCCCUGUCCGUGGUCUUCGUCGGCAUGAUCACCUUCAACAACCUCUGCCUCAAGUAUGUCGGGGUGGCCUUCUACAAUGUGGGCCGCUCGCUCACCACCGUGUUCAACGUGCUGCUCUCCUACCUGCUGCUCAAGCAGACUACCUCCUUCUAUGCCCUGCUCACCUGCGGCAUCAUCAUCGGUGGCUUCUGGCUUGGCGUGGACCAGGAGGGGGCAGAGGGAACCCUGUCUUGGGUGGGCACCCUGUUUGGUGUGCUGGCCAGCCUCUGCGUCUCACUCAACGCCAUCUACACCAAGAAGGUGCUUCCGGUGGUGGACGGCAGCAUCUGGCGCCUGACCUUCUACAACAACGCCAAUGCCUGUGUCCUCUUCCUGCCCCUGCUCCUGCUGCUGGGGGAGCUGCAGGCCCUCCGAAGCUUCACCCAUCUGGGCAGUGCCCACUUCUGGGGUAUGAUGACGCUGGGCGGCCUAUUCGGCUUCGCCAUCGGCUAUGUGACAGGAGUGCAGAUCAAGUUCACCAGCCCCCUGACCCACAAUGUGUCAGGCACGGCCAAGGCUUGUGCCCAGACUGUGCUGGCCGUCCUCUACUACGAGGAGACCAAGAGCUUACUCUGGUGGACAAGCAACAUGAUGGUGCUGGGUGGCUCCUCUGCCUACACCUGGGUCAGGGGCUGGGAGAUGAAGAAGGUUCAGGAGGAGCCCAGCCCCAAGGAGGACGAGAAGAGCCUCCUGGGGGUAUGAGUUCCUCCCAGGGCCCUGGGUUGGUCCACCCCCGGAGAACACUCAGGGUGGGGCCGGGCAGUAAUGAAGGCUGCCCCUCUGAGCCCAGAAUGGGUGGCGGGAAGGGAAUAUUGCAUACAGACCUGAUCAGAAGAUGGAGGUUGAAAAGGAACCAGCGCUUUCAAGUAAUGACAGAAGUUGCCAAAUCUCUCUACCCCCUUUACUGUUGCUGGGUUUUUGUCCUCCCCUAGGGAGAAGGGCCCCCAUGGGAAUAGCCAGUUGGGUUGUCUGGAAGAGCACUAGCUCUUGGGGCGGGGGAGAGGAUACCACCCCUCCCUGCCACCUUCCCAGGGCCUGUCUACCUCCACACCCUCUCUGGGUUGAGGACGGGCUGCAAGCUUUAAGGAACAGUUUUGGUGAAGCCAUUAAGUCCUCACUUACACUCAGGGGAGCUGGGGGUGUGGUCCCACCACAGGCCAACUGAAGGGGAUUAGGAAAUCUCACACUUUCAGGCCCUGAGCAGGCAGCAGGGCCUCAGCCCUACAAACCAGCCUGCCUUCCUAGGAAUUGGUGGGCUGGGCCUGAGGGAGGGAAGGGGCAGGUAUUCCCUCUUCUCUGCCCUGAGACUAGCUGGCCAUGUGGAAGGAGGUGAAGGGUCAGUUGUCCCCAUGAUUGGCCCUGGUACCCCCAGGGGCUG